GCCCGAAGCGAUACCUGACAGCUCCCGAGCCCGCCCGAACACGGCCGAGUCCCCGAGCGGUCCGGCCCGCGGAGUCGAAGAAUUCCGAGUCCGCUCGAGUCUUUUCCGAUCCCGCCCGAAGGCGGGUGAGGCGGUCGCGAGGAAAGCCGAGAUGUGCCGAAUCUUUUCCGAGCGCGCCCGAAUUCCCUUUCGCCGUCCCGAACGGCGGCUCCCGAACGGGCACUGCCCGAAGCCGCCCGAAAGCGACCGAACCGGGCCGAGCGCUCCGAUCGCAGCCGAAGGGAGAGAGGCGGGGCGGCACGAACGGCGCGGGGGCUGCCGGGAUGCUGGAGGACUGAUUUUAUUUUAUAUAAAUGGGUUUUAUUACAUCUUUUACUUCGUGGUGACACUUGCGAUGAUUAUUUAUAAAAGUCAAGUUUUCAGUUAUCCAGAUGAUUUUUUGGCUCCUGAUCUUGCAUUGAUCUGCAUCAUGGCCGUUCUGGAAGUGCUGCGGCUGUACUUGGGUUCAAAGGGUAACCUGACAGAAGAAGAGGCUCCAUUAGGGCUCAGCCUUGUGAUAACGGUCGGAAGCAUGAUUCUAUCUGUGUAUUUCCUGACAUGGCAAACUUACGUGCUCAAAGCAGAUGUCAUUAUAAACACUGUUCUUCUCUUUAUAUACGGGCUCGAGUCAGUACUCCAGGUGUUGUCCAUUGCUGCUUUUGUUGGCUAAGUCCUAACUGUGACACAGCACGUUUUCAACACGUUUCUUCUUUUAAAGAGAGUUUUUAUAUUUCAAGGAUUUAAUUAUUCUGCAUAUCAAAAUUUUGUAAUGCUUCCUCCUGUUUAAAUGACCUAUUCUGGCAGAGAUCCCCCCGAGCAGGAGGUAAGAUAGCCUUUCUACCAGCUGUGUUACACAGCUCAUCAGUUAGCGUUCCUCAGGGAUCGAUAUUAAAUAUUAAUUCCCAAUACAGAAUAGCAGCCAAUGCUGCAUGCCAUUGAGAUUGCCUGAGUUUUCAUGGCGUAGAGCAACACCACACAAGCAAAGUGACAAGGAACUGAAUGAGGCCAGCGUCGUAUGGACUCGUUUCCUGCAUACACGUAUGUGUUUCAAGGCACAGUUCUGCUUUAUCACACAUCUGCUCUCAUUUCUUUUCAGCCCCCAGUGGUAAUUUCCCUGCAUUUAGUAGGGCAGUACCUGAUUGGUCCCAGUGGGAUUGGGUUGAACUGAAUUUUGCGCCUCGGAGAGCUGAGCCACAAGGUUUGGGCAGCUGCCUCUUACUGACAUGGAGACCAAAGACAGUGGUGUGAGGGUCUGGUUGUUUAAACACAGCAGCCCAAAGAUCAGCAUGAACAUUCACCCUUCUGUCCUGUUUUAAAGUCCAAAAGAGGCUGUCAGACGCAUUUAUAUUUAGUCUUUAAUGUCUUAAGUGCCACAAUUCUGCAAAAAUGACUACAUUCCAAUCCCUUUUAUUAAAUCAACUGUGUAAUUUCCUGGGUUUUUUUUACUCUAUCAAAAAUAUAUAAUAAUGUAAAGCAUGGGAGCUUGUGGUUUUUGGUUUUUGUUUGGUGUUGGUUUUUUUUUUUUGUACAGGCAGGUUUUAUAUUCAGAAUUUCUUAUAUUUAUUUAUUCAAAUAAAGAAUGUAUUAGAUCUAA